UGAAAAUGAGUAAAUCCCCCAACGCAUCUCACAGAACGGAGAACGAACGAAAGAAAGAGAAAAAGUGUGCGGAAGAGAGAGAUAAAAAUGGUCGUCGAAGAAACCCAAAAACCAACCCAAACAGAGGAGCAAAACCCUAGCAGGGUGGCCAACGACGACGACGACGAUCUCGAGGAGGGAGAGAUCCUCGACGGUGACGACGACGGCGCCGCCGCCAAUUCGAAGCCUCCGUCCGCCCUCCUCCGCAACCCCCACCCUCUGGAGAAUUCGUGGACCUUCUGGUUCGACAACCCUUCCGCCAAGUCCAAACAAGCCGCAUGGGGAAGCUCCAUGCGACCCAUCUACACUUUCGCAUCCGUCGAGGAGUUUUGGAGCAUUUAUAAUAACAUUCACCACCCUAGUAAGUUGGGUGGGGGUGCGGACUUCCAUUGCUUCAAGCAUAAGAUUGAGCCAAAGUGGGAGGACCCUAUUUGUGCUAAUGGUGGCAAAUGGACUAUGACCUUCCAAAGGGGGAAAUCUGACACCAGUUGGUUGUAUACGUUGUUGGCGAUGAUUGGAGAACAGUUUGAUCACGGAGAUGAAAUUUGCGGAGCCGUUGUGAAUGUCAGAAAUAGGCAGGAUAAAAUUGCUCUUUGGACUAAGAAUGCUUCCAAUGAAGCUGCUCAGGUGAGCAUUGGAAAACAGUGGAAGGAGUUUCUUGAUUACAAUGAUUCAAUUGGCUUUAUAUUUCAUGAGGAUGCAAAGAAGCUUGACAGAGCUGCUAAAAGUAAAUACGUCAUAUGAAGUGUAAAUGAAGGAUGCGUCGCAUGAAGUGGCAUUUAGAUGCCUAGUUUUUCCUCCUACAUGCAGCUGGGCUGAAUUCUAAGCCUUUUGGUCUCUCAUAUUUGUAGUACUUUCGUAUUUGUUGUGUACGGAGAAUAUUUCAUACUAAAAAGGUGUUUCAUCAAUAAUAGUGAUUUAGCUUAUUGACCGCUACCAAA